AGAAAGAGAAGGAAGUCUGAUGGAAACUAAUCAUGCUGUCACUUUGUUUUUAAUGGCUUUCUUUUGGUAUUCCUGGAGGUGCAGCAUGAUGUAAAGUUACGGCAUCAUUAUCUGAUCUCUUUCUACUUACUUCUGACUGUUCCUUCAAAAAAUGGCUACAUCUGAUUCACGGUCCGGUGAGACCAUAAUUGUCCGCCACAUGCCUGUUCAUGUUGAUUCUGUAGGCAGUGAUAAUUUCACCGCAGGAUCGAGACUAAGACGGCCCUGCUCUUUAAGUCUGACUCACAGUAUCUCACUGCCUGAAAGGGAACACCUUCCAAAUGAAACACUAAAUGGUGACUUCCACUGUCAUACCGGCAAGUCCAGUGUCAAGGAAAGAGCCGGAAUCUCAGAUCCGUGUUCUGGAAACACAAGAGGAUAUGACUCAACAACUCUGUUUCGUCAUGAACUGUUUGCUCUUAAGUCAGAAGUUAAUGAGGCCGAUGAGAAUUGUGAUACAUAUGCAAACAACCUGCAAAAGCACUGGAAAGCAUACUCAAUAUGUCAGCGUGGAAAUUUAAACAGGACCAAGGAUAAGAACCUGAGGUAUGCCACAAAUCCUUGGUCACUUCGUUGUAGGCAGGGCAAUGGCAGUAACACAGCAUGCAACCAUAAUAUUAAAAUUCUGGAGCGUUUUCAGACAGAUGAACAAAUUCCAUCAGACUCAGGUCUGCAACUUUGCAGAGAUAAUGAAGACACACCUAUUUUCAUGGACUGUGAGGAGCACGACUGGGCUGAUCAGUAUGUUCCAAACAUAACUAAUGCCAUCUCCGAUUGUGAGUCUUUGAAUCAAAACCAGACUGAUUAUAUCAGUGAUUCUUCUUGCAACAGCUCAGAUGGAGUGCUGGUAAAUUUCAGUGCUAUUUUUAACAAAACUAAUAAUGCGGUCCCUGCAACGCCAUAUGACCUGGACAGUCCUGCCAAGAAGUCCCAAGCAUCAGGGUCCAUGCAGCAUGAUGAUGGUUUAGAACUGAAUCCAUGCUGGUCUAGUUCUGGAGUUGAUCCAAAUUGUAACAUCUACCAAGCUGACUGCCAUCUCAGUUACCCAGCUGGUUUAUCAUCUCAGGAGAUUUCCGGUCUCAGCCCUUGUCAAGGUCAGCUGACCACUUACACCAACAAUUAUUACAAGCUGGUAACCUGUGACCUCUCAUCUCAGUCUGCCAAUAGUCCUGCAUGGUCAUCUUUAACAAGCUGCUCAGAAGCUCACAGCAAUGGAAGCAUGACUCCACCCACAGAAUACUUUCUCUUCGAAAAACCAGAGACAGAAUACAGGGACGAGGUUAAACCCCACGAAAGGGACAUUCAGGCUGAUGAGGACACAGAACUGAAGAGAAGCAAGGGGACCAGGAAAAUUUCAAAGAGGCUAAACAAAAGAAAAACUCACACCAAAUCACAUCACGACAAGUGCAAAGAUGUAGAAACCAAUAGCCAUAAGCACAUCAGUGUAACACGACUAUCUCAGAGCUGGAACAACAAACCAUGUCUAGAAUUUACCACACAGGCAGGACUGCACCGUGUGCUGAGCUGUCCAAGCCAGAUAAGUACAUCCUCGCAUGCACUGAAGCAGCAUAAAAUCACAUUUGCAGAGCUUGCACGAUACAGGAAGAAUGGAAAAAGUCCAUCAGUGGUGAAAAACAGCAAGGAAGACAUUGCAUCAUUUCAAAUUGAAGAUGCUUUGGAACAAAAAGUAAACUUUAUUACAAGCAGGACUGAAAAAGAAUCUGGAAGAUCUACAAACUCUGAAACUCCUGAUAUACCUCCACUGGGAGUUCCUGAAUCUAGCCUAGACGUGGCACACAACACUAAACCACAAAGACCUACCUCUCUACCCAUCCAACCCUUUGUCCUUGAACCACCAUCAUUAAAGCAAUCCAGCAAAGCCCUAGGCUCCCUGAUAGACCAUUACAUGAGCCACAAACAUAGUGCAUCCAAAAUAACUGACCUGUCCAGCCACUUAGCACCCGUAACUUUGGACGCCUAUUCUUCUAUUCAUCUGAAGGUCGCUUCAUGCUCUGAUACCUGUUCGACCUGUACCCCAACCCCGAUUGAACCUUACAUUCGUCCCCAUUGGGCUCCACCAAGCCCACUCUUCUUCCAGGGUCAUGCAGACAUUAAAUACAGAAGUCCAAAGACCAUAGAACCUAGUCUGUGUGAUAGCACCACAGGAACCACUAAUACCUGCUUGGUGCAAAUUAAUCCAUCCAUUACACCACAUGUGGCUAAUCAGGAAAAAACCUCUGUCAAAUCUUUUCCUAAUGAACAUUUUCAAAACUUCCUUCCUGAGCAAGCUAGCUCACAUCAGACACCUCAGAAAUGUCUAGAAUCAGAACUAAGACUUAAAGUUUAUCCUUAUUAUAGUUCGUCUCCAGCCACUACCUCAGUAACAUUCCUGACCUCUGACACAUCAUAUACACUUCCUGGUGCUGGACGAUCCAACUCAGACGCUGUUCAUCAAGUACGCACUACUGAGGAGCUCAACACUGCUGCCAUUUACAGUUUUGGACCAAAAACAAUAUUCUGCUACUUGGGGAAAGAACAUCAGCAUGGUGACUCAUCCACUCUGGCUGAUAGACCGCCUGAAGAGUUCUGCUCAUCACCAGAUCCCUCCACUUCGUUUCAUUCUAUUGAUCUGCUGCAGAGGAAAGACAUGCUGAAAUCUUUAAGCGCAGCAGUGGAUUUGAUCACAGCCCACUUCAGCUCCAGCUCAGACCCUAAUGAGAAGUUUAGACUGGGAAACAGCUUACUGUGUCCCCGAAUCAGCCAACUGGUCCUAGAUCAGCUUUGCCCUGCUAUCCGGGACGUUCUCCAGGACGGACUGAGGCCCUUCAAGCUGGAUUUGAUUGUUGGACAGCGGAGUAAUAAGCCAUGGAGCGUGGUGGAGGCAGCGACGCAGCCAGGUCCGUCCACCCGCAUGCUGCACAGUCUGGUCUCAGUUGUUAAGAAGUGCUCCAUGUUGACCAACCACAGUAUGAGGCUUAACGCCUUCUUCUUAGGUCUACUGAACUUGUCUGUUUUGGAGUCUUGGUUUUGCCACUUGCACACCUGUGAAGAUGUGAUUGCGGAGUAUUACCACCCCUGGGCAUUUCUGGCUUUGUCCCAGGAUCCGUCGUGUAAAUCUUUGUUUCAGGAGUUCCUCCUCCUGAUGCAGCCCUUGUCAGAGUUGCCCUUUGACCUCCACUUGCUUUCCGAGUCAAGGCUCCAGAGAAGAACGCAGCAAAACCAGUCAUCCUUCCAACGUUCAAGGUUUUUCGCGCUGUCUGGAUACUCAUUCCUAAGGACGAUAAACUGGCAGAACAGUGAUGGACAACUGGAAAAAUCUAAAUUAAAGGCGAAAAAAGACCCAUGCAUUUCAUCCCAGACAGAAACCCGUAGCACUAACAUGAACAAGAUCCUCCAAAGCUGUGCAGGUUCGAUUUCCAAACCGUCAACGCGAGAGCUGGAGCUGAAAUCAGAUUGUUUAAAAAAGAAUCAUGCCGGAUGGUGGCUUAGCCAGACUCCCAUUACAGAACGUGUAAUGGAGGCAGAUCGCUCUGACACUGUUCCUCAUGUACAAAAUGAUGAGACUUUGGUGGAAAAAGGAGAGAGAACAAGAGCUGAUGAGGUGAAACCUUCGCUGCGCUGGGCCAGAUUAUUUGGUUCUGGGGCUGGCGUUCCAGUGGCAGUGAAAGAGGCACAACAAAGCAUCAAGCAGAACCAGAAAAUCAGGCCGCCUUCACAAUGGCUCCAGCUUGGAGUAUCAAAAAUGGACCAGCUGGCCCAGUCUGUGUGGAGCAAAGAGAUGAGCAGAACCUUAUGUCUUCUACAACAACGACCCAAACUCAAGCAGUGAGAACUGCUGGACUAGAUACAUGGACUAGAAGUGUGAAGAAAAGCAUCACCUAGAAGCACAAUGAACCUAAACUGGUAUUCUACUGCUGUUUGUCCUAUAAAAUAGUCCAAAAUCUACUGUAGCAUAGCAGAAUCUCCUGUCAGUAUUAAAGCAUAUCAGUUAUGUAGUCCUAAUCUGCUGCCUGUAUUAACCUGAAAUGUUCUGGAAAUGUCUAAAUGGGAUUGUACACAUUAUGUAACUUUAGCCUAAUCUUAUAUGAGUAUUUCAAAGCAGAGAUUUUGUAUAUAGAAGACAUUUAGAAAAUGUGUAUAUUGUAAUAUUCACUUAUUGUAUACUACUGUCAAUGCACUGCUAGUGCAUAAUUA